GGGCGGGCGCGGUUCCGCGCGCAGGCGCGUAGGCUGCCGGCUGGGGCGUUAGGCGCUGCGCGCGUGCGAGCUGCGUUUCCCUCCCCUUCUCCUCAGUGCGUCCCUUCUCCGCCACCAUUUUGUGUUGUGACUCCGGCUUUCCGCCGUCGCCUUUAUCCCGUCUCGCUCCACGCGUGCGAGUCGAAACGACGGCCCCAUGGCGGAGAGCCAGCCAGCGGCCGGGCAGGGCGAGCCUGUGGCCCCGGGUGGGCCCGGAGGCCCCAGCUCAGAGCCGGAGACCCGGCGGCUGAGCGAGCUGCGCGUGAUCGACCUGCGGGCAGAGCUCAGGCGCCGCAACUUGGACAGCGGCGGCAACAAGAGCGUCCUGACCGAGCGCCUCAGGAAGGCUAUUGAAGAGGAAGGGGGGAAUCCUGAUGAAAUUCCGGUAGUUUCAGAAAUUGUCAACAAGAAAACUUCCAAAAGAAGCAGCAAAGGACGUAGACCAGAUGAAGAGGGAAUUGAAGACAAUGGCCUGGAAGAGGAUUCUGGAGAUGGACAGGAGGAUAUCGAAGCAAGUUUGGAUAACUUGCAGGAUAUUGACAUGAUGGAUAUUAGUGUGUUAGAUGAAGCUGAAAUAGAUAAUGGCAAUGCUGUAGAUUGCGGAGAGGAUUGCAGUGCUGAUAAUAUUCUUGACUCGCUGUCUGACAGUAAAGAAAAUGCUGAUGCAGAAACGAAAGAACUUCCAGAUCAGCCUACAGCAUAUGCUGUAGAGGCUGAAGACGUUGGAAACAGUUUCAAUGCUGCUUCAUCUGAUUUAACUGUAAUAAAGGAAACUGAAGAAUUACCUUUGGAGCCAGAAAAUGAGAAAAUACUCGACAUUUUGGGGGAAACUUGUAAAUCUGAACUACUUAACGAAGAAACUUCCGAAGUGGAGCAGCCACAUGCACAGGAAGCAAGUAACGUGGUGCCAGGCAAGAGGCUAGCAGAGGAAGAGGAUGUUCUUGCUGCCGCUCAGUUGGAGGAAGAUGCUUUAGAUUUGGACAGCAAAUCGGCACAAGCUAUGUCAAGGAAGGAGGCAAAGCGUUUAGUUGUAGCAAAAGGGGAGAGAAGUGAACAGACAAUAGAGGAAGAGAAACUGGACUCUGAAUCUUUAGUAUUAGAGACCCUAAGCGAUCAGAGUAGCAAACGAUUCCAAGGCCUGGAAGCCUCUAGUGGGGAAACAGCGGAAAAAGGCGCAGGUCCUGAAGGCAAAGAUAGCAAAGAAGAUGCCAAGAAAACAGAAGACAAAGCUAAUUCUGAGGAAUCCCCUGCUACUAGAGAGUCCUCAACCAGUGAGGGCGGUGAUCAGAAAAAGAGCCCUGUUGAGGAGGACAGAGAUACAAAGAUAAUCUCAAGAGAUGAGAAAGGUCGUGCAGGUAGUGGUUCUGGCAGAAAUUUGUGGGUUAGUGGACUUUCUUCAUCUACUAGAGCUACAGACUUGAAGAAUCUUUUCAGCAAGUAUGGAAAGGUGGUUGGUGCAAAAGUGGUCACUAAUGCUCGCAGUCCUGGUGCUCGCUGUUACGGCUUUGUUACAAUGUCAACAUCUGAAGAAGCCACCAAGUGCAUUAGUCAUCUCCACAGAACAGAGCUGCAUGGAAAAAUGAUUUCUGUGGAAAAGGCAAAAAAUGAACCAGCUGGGAAAAAGCCUGCAGACAAAAAGGAAGGCGAAGCAAGGAAGGAAAAAGACAGGCACCAUUCAGCAGAUUGCAAAUCUGAGAAGUCUGUUGGUAUUAAAAAGGAGGAGAAGGCCGGCCAAAAAGAUGAUGCUAAGAAAUCAGAAAAAGACGGAAAAGAUGAAGGAAAAGAGAAAGAUGAUCAGAAAGCUGGACCCUCUGAUCGAUCUAGGGCAAGCAAAUCAGCAAGUCGAGGAACUGAAAGGACUGUAGUAAUGGAUAAAUCCAAAGGAGAGCCGGUUAUCAGUGUGAAAACUUCUGCAUCAAAAGAGAGGAGUACGAAAAGCCAGGAUCGUAAAUCUGAGAGCAAAGAGAAACAAGAUAUUUUAUCAUUUGAUAAAAUCAAAGAACAGCGAGAACGUGAACGUCAGAGACAGAGAGAGAGAGAAAUCAGGGAAACGGAGAGGCGACGAGAGAGAGAGAGGCGAGAACGAGAACAACGGCUUCAAGCCAUUCAUGAACGGGAUGAAAGACAGAGGCUCCAGAGAGAGCGGGAACGACUUGAAUUUCAAAGACAGCGUCUUGACAGAGAGCGCUUGGAGAGGGAGAGAUUGGAGAGAGAAAGAAUGCACAUAGAGCAGGAAAGAAGGAGAGAACAGGAACGAAUCCAGCGAGAGAGAGAAGAGCUGCGACGUCAGCAGGAACAGCUACGCUAUGAACAAGAACGGCGAUCUGCAAUGAGAAGGCCAUAUGAUCCUGAUGGCAGGCGAGAUGAUCCUUACUGGCCAGAGACAAAGCGAAUGGCAAUGGAUGAUAGGUACCACUCUGAAUUUGGUCGUCAGGACCGCUUCCAUGACUUUGACCACAGGGAUCGUGGCCGAUACCAAGAUCAUUCUUUGGACAGAAGAGAAGGUUCGCGAGGGAUACCAGAUCGAGAUGGGCAGCAUUACCCAGAUGAACGCCAUGGAGGGCCAGACCGUCAUUCCCGGGACUCCCGGGAUAGUUGGGGUGGCUAUGGGUCUGACAGAAGAAUGAAUGAAGGGAGAGGGAUACCUCCACAAACCCGAGAUGGACGUGACUGGGGAGAUCAUGGUCGAAAGUUAGAGGGGCAUCAAGAUCGUUCAUGGCAGGGAAAUGUGGAUGGAGGAAUGAUGGGACGGGAUCAUGAGAGAUGGCAAGGUGGUGAUAGAAGCAUGCCUGGUCAGUCAGGACCAGGCCAUGUGAUGAAUCGAGGAGGGAUACCAGGGCGUGGAGGCUUCACACAAGGUGGAAACCAGAGCCAGAUAAUGCAGAGUGGUGGAAUACAAGGAGGUUUUGCAGGCCAGGAGAGAACAAACAGACUGACUGAAACCCGUUUUACCCGCCGCUACUGAAAGCACUAUAAAUAAUAUAUAUUUAUAUAUAUAUAUAUAUAAAUAUAUAUAUUUUUUUAAUACAAGAUGACAAUGGUGGUGAAUUCUAUUGAGCAGGGUCACCUUGAAUUUGUGAUUACGAAAGCAAGAUUGCUGCCAUAUUGUAGCCAAAUAUAUCAGCUGUUUAUUUUGUUGUUGUGAAUGUGUUCUUGGACAAGUAUUAGUUAAAGUUUCUUUUAGUGAAACAUUCCAUUUUUCAAAAAUAAUAAAACAGAUUAUGGCUAACAA